AUCUCAAUGUGCAUUUUCUGUAUUCAACUAAUGGGCAGCGAUGUUGGGUUUAGGUUAAAAGGUAUUUCUGUGCUAUCUCACGUAUUUUUUGUUUUUUUCCUUUCCUUCUAGAGUUCGUACCAAAUUAAAUCGGGAGUUCGCUACAAAAGGCACGAAUGGCAUCAGAAGUUUGUGGUUUGAUUCAAGAUCUAAAUCUGAAUGAUCACUCUAUUGGAGCUUCUGUUGUGGAAAAGGAUGAUGUUUUGAAGGGGGGUUUUGGUGGGAGUAAAGCGUAUGGUGAUUUAUCAAAAUGUGGGAAGCCUGCUAUGACUGAGGAGUCAUCACAAAAGCAACAGCCUUCUGACAUUGAUGAAAUUAAUAUCAAAAGGAAAGGAGGGGUUGUUACAGAGGAAGAUAUAGCAGAUGAAGAUUCUGAUUAUGAUUAUGAUUUUUUUGAUGAACGUGUCGUGAAGAGGUCUGAUCCAACUAAGGAAGAAAUCUUGGAGAUUAUGGCGUACGAGCACGAUCAUAGGAGAUGUAUCGAAUUACAGGAAAAGGCUUUGAAGGAGGAGUAUGCAUUUGAGAAUCCAGCUUAUUCUCCAUUUUUCGACUGGCCCUGGGAGGAGGAAUUUGAGAUCAAGCCGAUGGAUGAAUCAGAGUUGGAGGAAAUAUCAGAUUCAGUGCUAGUAUUAGUAGAAGUUGAUGGAACAUAUGAGUGUGUAGAUGCAGCAACAGUUCUUGGCUAAAGCAGCCUUCAGGGAGGGGGUUGGCUUUUUUAAUUAAGCAGAGUUCGAUCUGGUUACUGUUUCUUUUGGUUUUUUGUUAACUUGACAUCUGAAUGUAGAACUCUAUAUAUAUCCAAACGAAAAAAUGAAAAAAUGAAAAAAAAAAAAAAAAA